UAACAAGAGGACACAGCUCGUAUCUCAUCAGCUCUUCAUGCGGACAGUGACUUUAUUUUAUAUAUCGCGACAUCUUUUUAUUGGAACAGGAGCUUUAACACCCGCAGCUGUGUGUGUUGUUUUAUUUAAAUACUUCUAUUUUAAACCCGCGUUAGUCCAACUCGCUGAUUCGCUGAAACAGCAAACCUGAGAAGAGCGGAAGAAGUCAGCCAGGAGCCUCCAGUGCAGAUUGUGUCAGGUGAUGAGGUGAGACUCCAGCUGAAAGCAGCAGGCAUCAUGGAGGACGACCUCAGGCCUCUGCUGAUCCCAGAGCCGGCCGCCGAGGGCCUCUCGGACCGAGGCUCCACCGACUCGAUGGACUGCAAGACCAAAAGGCCGUUCCACGUGGAGCCCAGGAACAUCGUGAAGGACGACCCCCAGGAGAGGGUUUCUGCUGAGGCUGCAGUCCUCAACAGCAGAGUCCACUACUACAGCCGGCUGACGGGCUCCUCUGAUAGGCUGCUGAGUCCACCGGACCACGUGAUCCCCGGGCCGGAGGAGCUCUACGUCUACAGCCCUCUGGGGACGGCCUUCAAGGUCACGGGCAGCGACCUCUCCUCUAAGAACCCCAGUAUCAUCACCAUUUUUGCGAUAUGGAACACGAUGAUGGGCACGUCUAUCCUCAGCAUACCCUGGGGUAUAAAGCAGGCUGGUUUCACUCUGGGCAUCUUCAUCCUCGUCUUCACGGGCCUGUUGAUGCUGUACUGCUGCUACAUCGUUCUCAAGUCGCCCAAAGCAAUACCCUACGUGGACGCCUCGGACUGGGAGUUCCCCGAUGUCUGCCGGUUCUACUUUGGGAAGGUGGGCCAGUGGUCCAGCCUGUUCUUCUCCAUGGUGUCCCUCAUCGGCGCCAUGGUGGUCUACUGGGUCCUCAUGUCCAACUUCCUGUACAACAGCGGACAGUUCAUCUACAACUACGCUCACAAUGUCAACGUGUCGGAUUCACAGUUUGGAACCAACGGCUCGGACAGAGUGAUCUGUCCGUUUCCCAACACUGACCCUGGAGGGAACUCCACCACCAUCAGCCUUUACCUCUCCGCCAGUGGAAAUGAAACUUCUGACACCUCCUUUGAACACUGGUGGAGUAAAACCAACACCAUCCCCCUCUUCCUCAUCCCGCUGCUGCUGCCGCUGCUCUGCUUCCGCUCCGCCGCGUUCUUCGCCAGGUUCACGUUCCUGGGCACCAUAUCGGUGGUCUACCUGAUUGUGCUGGUCACCAUCAAAACGGUCCAACUGGGCUUCCACCUGGAGUUCCACUGGUUCGACCCGAGCCAGUUCUACGUCCCAGAGUUCCGGCUGCUCUUCCCUCAGUUCACUGGUGUCCUCACUUUGGCCUUCUUCAUUCACAACUGCAUCAUCACGUUGAUGAAGAGCAACAAGCACCAGGAGAACAAUGUGCGUGACCUGUCCGUGGCAUACCUCCUCGUGGGCCUCACCUACCUGUACGUGGGAGUGUUGAUCUUUGCUGCCUUCCCCUCACCGCCGCUCUCCAAAGACUGCAUCGAACCCAACUUCCUGGAUAACUUCCCCACCGGCGACGUGCUGGUGUUCGUGGCUCGGACCUUCCUGCUGUUCCAGAUGAUCACGGUCUACCCCCUGCUGGGCUACCUGGUGCGGGUCCAGGUCAUGGGCCAGAUCUUUGGCAGCCACUAUCCCAGCUUCUUCCACGUUCUGGCUCUGAACGUCUUCAUCGUUGCCGCUGGCGUCCUGAUGGCCAAGUUCUACCCCAACAUUGGAUCCAUCAUCAGGUUCUCUGGAGCGAGCUGUGGCCUGGCCCUGGUGUUCGUCCUCCCCUCCUUGGUCCAGAUGGUGUCCCUGAGGAGGCAGGGGCUCCUCCGCUGGCCCUCGGCCCUCUUCCACAGCCUCCUCAUCCUGCUGGGCGUGGCCAACCUGCUGGCUCAGUUCUUCAUGUAGACAUUCAAAUGCUUUGACAUCUCGGAGGUGAAAUUGUAGAAUAAUGAAAUGCAUAAUCUCGUUGGUGAAUUGUCUGAGGAACUUUCUGCUAAGGCGUUCAUCAAAUCCACGUUGGAGAUGAGGCCGACGCUGCGUUCACAACUAUUUUUUUUUACUGCAGGUUUGCAGCCGUUACACAAACUUGUUUAGAGCUUUACGAUUGGACGUCGUGAUCACGUGGAGUCGGGCCGACAACCGGAUUAUAAUAUUACUACUUUGUGAUUAUGAAAUAUGAUAACUUAUUGUCUUUUGCUGUGUGCAUAUUUUUGAAGAAUCUGGAAAUAUUUAUAAGCCGUGUGUUUGUUUACUUUUUGACUAUUUUCUAUAUAGUGCCACUGUUUAUAUUUAACUAAUAAUGGGAUACACAAAGGGAAUAUACACGUGAAAAAAUUGACAAUAGGAGAAACCGUAGUUUCCUGUUCACAAGCGCGAAUCUAAAAACAUACGAAAUAAUAAGUAAUAUAAAAAGGGAAGGCCUAAUUUGAUGGAAAUAGACCUUUAAUACUAUAAUCCUGAAGGAGCUCAGAUGUUGCUGAAAGGCAAAAAAAUAUGUGAUUUAAGCCGAAUAUAUUGUUUCAAAGAGAAUGUGAUUCAUGAAAAUGAUUACAUGUGUUUUUAUUCAAUAAAUGUUGACUUUUGGACUUAACAA